AUGGCUACACUAAUAGAACUCAACGGAGUUGGGAAAUUUGAUCCAAAUGCUGAACCGUCACAAUUAAAUCAAGCAUGGAAAAGGUGGCACCGAAGUUUUGAGCUUUUCGCUGUUGGAAAAGGGGUGAGUGACGCUGAACAAAAAAAAGCAUUACUUUUGCACUGUGCUGGACCCGAAGUUCAAGACAUUUUUUAUACAUUGAAUGUUGAACAAGCAGGUGACAAUGACAAUGUGUAUACGUUAGCUGUAAAAACGUUAGAUAAACAUUUUGAGAAUAAAGUUAACGUUCCGUAUGAACGAUAUGUUUUUAGGAAAAUUCUGCAAACCGAGAGUGAAACAGUAGAACAGUUUAUUACAAAAUUACGACAACAGGCUGUGUAUUGUGACUUCACAAAUCAGGAUGAGCAAAUUCGGGAUCAAGUGAUUGAAAAGUGCAGGUCUCACAAGAUAAGAGCCAAGUUGUUAGAGAAAGGAAAAGACUUGACUUUAGAGCAAUUGAGGACUAUAGCAGCUACAUUUGAGAUGACUGAAACACAGGCUAGGCAUAUGGACACUGAAAUUGUGGCGUCAGUAAACAGAAUUCAGGGACAUCGUGAAAAAACUGACAAACAGAAACACAGAUUUCAGGACAAGAAGUGUUUUCGUUGUGGACGAGAGGGGCAUUUUGCAAAGGACGUAUCGUGUCCUGCUCGGAAUAAGGAAUGUCGGAAGUGCGGAAAAGUUGGACAUUUUAUUAAAUGUUGUUUAACAAAGAAACCAGGAAAAGGCAAACCAACCAAAGGUGGGAAAAUUAACAAAGUGGAUUAUUCUGAAGUGGAUUCCGACUCAGAAGUAUACGUGUUUAGUUUGAAAACAGGACAUACAUCAUCAGACAAAGUAAAAGUCAGUCUAGGAGGAAAUCCUGUAGAAUUUGUCAUUGAUAGUGGUGCAUCAGCUAACAUUAUUGAUAAAGAACUCUGGGAAUAUCUUAAGAAGAACCGUAUCAAGUGUCACUCAGAGAAGUGUGAAAAAAAACUUUUUGCUUACGGAUCUACAGAACCGUUGAAAUUAUUGGGUAAAUUCAGAGCGCAAACAUCAAUUCAUGAAAAUGGAAAUAGUAGAGAAGAGGAGUUCUUUGUACUAAAUGGUACAGGACCAGCGUUACUGGGCAAAGACACAGCUAUGAACUUGGGAGUUUUGAAACUCGGAGUAAACACAGUUCAACCAACUGACUUUAUUCAUGAAUAUUCUGAGUGUUUUCGAGGUAUUGGAAAACUCAAAGACUUUAAGUUGAAGUUACAUAUUGACAAAAAUGUGAAGCCAGUAGCUCAAAGCAUGUACAGAAUUCCAUACAGUUUGCGAGAUAAAGUAGGAGAACAGUUGGACGAACUUGAGUCUCAGGAUAUCAUUGAACGAGUUAAUGAUCCUACACCGUGGGUCAGUCCAGUCAUAAUUGUACCGAAACCCAAUGGUGACAUUAGAUUGUGCGUCGACAUGAGACAAGCCAAUGCUGCCAUUAUUCGUGAACGGCAUCCUAUUCCGACAGUGGAUGACAUACUCUACAUGGUGAAUGGUAGCCAGGUGUUUAGUAAGUUAGACCUUAGAAGUGGAUACCAUCAAAUUGAGCUGGAAGAGUCGUCAAGGGAGAUCACUACAUUCGUUACGUACAAAGGUCUCUACAGAUAUAAGAGACUGAUGUUUGGUAUUUCAUCAGCUCCAGAGAAAUAUCAGCAAGUGAUUUCGCAAGUGUUUCAUGACUGUGAAGGAGUGCAGAAUAUAUCAGACGAUAUCGUAAUCUAUGGUCGUGACAAAGCAGAACAUGAUGAGCGACUUCGCAAAGCCUUACAGAGACUCAAAGAUAAAGGUCUGACACUAAAUCUAAACAAGUGUGAAUUUAGGAUGAACAAGAUAACGUUCAUGGGACACGUCUUAUCAAAGAAUGGUAUUGGACCAACUAGUGAAAGGAUCAAGUCGUUACUCAAUGCUAAAGAACCAACAAAUGGAUCCGAAGUGAAAAGUUUCCUCGGACUUGUAAACUUUAGUGCUCGUUACAUACCAAAUCUUGCUACUGUGGCAGAACCGCUCAGGAGAUUGACAAAGAAAAAUGUGAAGUUUGUCUGGUCAGCCGAACAGAAGAAAAGCUUUGACACUUUAAAGAGUUGUUUGUCAAAUGUGAAAACUUUGGGACAUUACAGAUUAGAUGCAGAAAAAACUCAGUUAGUGACAGAUGCUAGUAAUGUAGGCCUAGGAGCAGUUUUACUUCAAGUCAACAAAGGUGAAACACGGGUCAUCAGUUAUGCCAGUCGUACGUUGUCAGCGGCCGAACGCAAUUAUUCGACAAUUGAGAAAGAAGCUUUGGCAGUCGUAUGGGCAUGCGAGAAGUUCCAUAUCUAUCUCUACGGGGUGGAUUUUGAAUUAGUCACAGAUCACAAGCCACUAGAAGUGAUUUAUGGAAGAACAUCCAGACCAAAUGCAAGAAUUGAACGAUGGUUAUUAAAACUUAUGGCUUACAACUUCAAAGUACGUUAUUCACCUGGACAUCAGAAUAUCGCAGAUGCGUUAUCUCGUUUGGUGGAUAAGACACCUGUAGAAAACAGUUAUUCAAAAGACACUGAGCAAUAUGUGAAAUUUAUUGCAAGGGAGGCAACCCCUCAGGCACUGUCGACUCAAGAAGUAGAAGAAGCUUCAAGGAGAGAUGAAGAACUUGUCAGAAUCCGAAAAUUCAUCAAAGAGGGAAAGUGGGAGAAAUCAUGUGUUGAUUAUUACCCAUUCCGAGAUGAACUUUGUUGUAUUGGAUACGUGGUUUUACGUGGAUCCAGAAUAGUGAUUCCAAGAAAUCUGAGGAAGCAGUGUGUACAGUUAGCUCACCAGGGUCAUCUAGGAAUCGUUGGGACGAAACAGCAGUUACGUACUAAAGUGUGGUGGCCUGGGAUGGACAAGGAAGUGGAGAAGUAUGUGAAAUCGUGUCACGGAUGUCAGAUUACCAGUGCGUUUCCGAAACCGGAACCAGUUAGUCCUACUCCAUUACCAACAGGGCCAUGGCAAGAAUUAGGUAUUGAUAUUCUUGGACCAUUAACAUCUGGACAGUACGUGUUAGUGGUUGUUGAUUAUUACAGCAGAUACUACGAGAUUGAAGUUACCAAGGAUAUUACAAGUGAGAAAAUCAUUGAUUUGCUGGAGGGAAUGUUUUGUCGACAUGGACUUCCAUUACAAAUAACUUCUGAUAAUGGACCCCAGUUCAGAUCUAAGUUAUUCAAGGAUUACCUGACAGAUAACUGUAUCAAGCAUCGAGCAGUUACACCGUUACAUCCGUCAGCAAAUGGGGAGGUAGAACGACAAAACAGAUCGUUGAUGAAAAGAAUUCGGAUUGCACAAGCCGAGUCUAAGAAUUGGAAGACCGAAAUCCGCAAAUAUCUAUUUGCAUACAGAACGACUCCUCAUACUACGACAGGAGUACCACCUGCCGAGUUGAUGUUCCGUCGGAAGCUGAGAACAAAGCUACCGCAAGUGGAAAAUCUACAAGAAAACGACUAUGAUGAGGUUUUCUAUUUAGUGCGCGAUAAGGAUGCGUAUUCUAAAUACAGGAACAAGAUUUAUAUCGAUGAAAAACGUGAUGCACAGGAGUGUGAUUUGGAGCUAGGAGAUUCAGUCCUCUUGAAGAAGGCGACCAAGGACAAAAUGGAUACACCAUAUCACGUGGAACCGUAUACACUCGUACAGAAAACCGGAAACAGCUGUGUUGUUAAAUCACCAGAGGGAGUGUUAGUGAAGCGAAAUAGUGAAUUCGUGAAAAAAUAUCAGGAACCGGAAAGUGUGUCCGAUAUUCCGGAGAAUCCGAGUGAUCUUAGUGAACCGAGUGUUGAGUCUAGUGCUAAUAGUGAUGAUGUUCCAUCCGCGGCUCCAGUAACUCCGAGCGUUAGAAGGUCUACCCGUAUAAGGAAACUACCGCAACGUCUUAAGGACUUCGAACUGUGA